CAGUAAAAUCAGACGUUGAAUUUCCGAGGCUGUUCUUGGAAAAUUUCUUCCGCAUAGUCACAACUAGUGGUGCGGUCAAGAUGACGAAGGCCAGAAGUUGGUCCGAAGGUGGGCAUUCCUUCAAAUUGCAAUACCACCUCACACCUGACUCCCUCGGAAGAGGUACCUUCGGACAAGUACGUAAAGCGAUCUCGCGGGCAAAUGGUGAGGAAUUUGCCGUCAAAGUCAUUCAUUUGGGAACUACUGACGGUACGCUGGAUGAGAAAACUCUUUCAGAAGCACGUCGGGAAGAGCACGUCAUGCAACGUGUUGGAAGACAUGAGCACUGCGUGGCACUCCUGGAAACUUUUUCUGAUUUCACAUCGCAGCGCUUUUAUUUUGUCAUGGAGCGAUGCGACGCAAACGCGAUGGAUUCCGUAGACUAUGUGUUGACGUGCGACGAUGAAGUCUUCUUGGGUUUGGUGGCCGAUGUUGCCAAAGCUGUAGCGCACAUCCACAAACGGGGUGUGAUUCAUCGUGACAUCAAACCUGACAACUUGCUCUUUGUGGAGGGAUCCCAGCGUCGCUCCCUGAAACUUUGCGACUUUGGACUGGCAGUGGUUGCCUCCAAGUCAGACAAACUGCCAGGUCGGUAUGGAACACUGCCGUACAUGUCACCAGAGAUGGCGGCCUCAGCGGGGCACUCCUUCAGUACAGAUAUCUGGUCGCUUGGCGCCACGCUUUACAUGCUGACCUUCGGAGAUUUGCCAUACAGACCUCAAAAGAUGUGUAAGGAACACCUCAAAUUGGCCAUCAUCACAGGAUGUUUGAUGCCUUCCUACGAACCAUUGGUGGAGGGCUUGCCCACGAGACCAGCUCCAUUCAUCGAGUUGAUCAAGCAGAUGCUUUCAAGGGACAGGCUGCAGCGCCCUGUGGCACAGCGGCUGGUGAGUCAUGCAACCCUGGGAAUGGCAACCGCCGGCAGCCGAGUUCGACAAGCGAUUUGUGACGCACCAGGCAAAUUGAAGGCUGCCUUGCAACUAAAAGUUCAUUUUGGUUGUUGGAGAGCUCAAAAGAGCGAAGAAGACGACAUCCUUGGGAAACCGAUCGGGCUUUUUCGAGCCGUGACCAAUUGAAUACAUUGAAUUCAAGGCAUUGGACCGGCUGACCUGUGACUCCUGCAAAGGGAUGCUACGGCGGCUGCGGUGGAUUCAUUGAAUUGGAACGCAGCCACGGAGAUCGUAUCAUUUCACCUGGAUAGCAUUGGUCAGAAGAUUUUGGACCAUCUGCCUCCAGAAUGUAAGUGGAUGAGUUGGAUGAGUUGGAUGAUUU